AUGGUCGAAACUACUGUCAUAUCUGAAAGUCAGCGGUCACCGGGUCAGCCCAUUUAUCUUGUUGGAGAAUCUCUCGGUGCCUGCAUCGCUUUUUCCGUUGCUGCCUGCAAUCCUCAUAUUGAUCUUGUCUUGAUUCUUUCUAAUCCAGCUACAUCAUUUGGAAACUCUUCGCUGCAACAUCUUGCUCCCCUCCUCAAAUUCUUGCCAGACCAACUUGCUAUUGCAUUUCCUUCUGUCUUAAGCUUGAUUCCAGGUGGCCCUUUAAAAAGAAUGCUUGCUCACUGGGUCAGGGGGCUUCCGGAGAACGAAACAGCUGCAAACAUUUAUCAAGAUUUGGUGACAGCAUCGACAUUCACAUCUUUCCUAGCUGAUACAUUUGGGAGAGAAUCACUUUUGUGGAAGCUCAAGUUGCUUGAUUCCGCUGCUCUUUUUGCCAAUGCACAUCUUCAUCUAGUACAAGCUCAGACUCUAAUUCUAUCCAGCGGAAAUGACCAUAUAUUACCCAGUAGAUAUGAAGGCAAACGACUUCGCAAAAAGCUGCCUAAAUGUGAAGUCCGUUCAUUCAAAGACAACGGUCAUUGCCUUUUUCUGGAGGACGGCAUUGAUCUGGUCAGUAUCAUUAAGGCCACUUCUUUUUACCGGCGUGGGUGUCAUCAAGAUUACAUCUCCGACUUCAUCCCACCAACCUUGUCUGAAUUUAACAAAUGUUAUGGCGUCAACAGGCUCCUUGAGGUGGUGAUGGGUCCUGUGUUUCUGUCGACCACAGUAGAUGGGAAAGUGGUGAGGGGGCUUGGGGGAAUACCAUCAGAAGGACCUGUACUACUAGUGGGUAAUCAUAUGCUACUGGCGAGUGACAAAAUAUCACUCCCAGGUCAAUUUGUUCACGAGAGGAACAUCAAUUUGCGGCCUCUAGUGCAUCCGAUGAUGUUUACAAGAAUGAGGGAUGGAUUGUUACCUGAUGUCUCUGUUUACGACACACUCAGAAUGAUGGGGUCGGUGCCCAUCUCAGCCACUCACCUCCAUAAUCUCUUGUCUGCAAAAUCCCAUAUUCUGUUGUUUCCAGGAGGCAUCCGCGAAGCUCUACACCGCAAGGGAGAAGAAUACAAGCUGAUGUGGCCAGAGAAACCGGAGUUUGUGAGAGCGGCAGCCAAAUUUGGAGCCAAAAUAGUUCCAUUUUGUGGGGUUGGAGAAGAUGAUUUCUUAAAAGUAGUUGUGGACUACAAUGACCAGAUAAAGGUUCCGAUUGUUAGAGAAGUGCUAAAAAGAGUGACAGCGGAAGGCCCGGGGGUGAGGGGAAGCGUAGAAGGAGAAGAGGGUAACCAAGAUUUCCACAUGCCAGGAGUGAUACCCAAGUGUCCUGGGAGAUACUAUUACUACUUUGGGAAGGAGAUUGAGACGGGAGAGGAAGAAUUAAGGGACAGAGAGAAGACAAAGGAAGUGUACGCCAAAGUGAAGGAGGAGAUUGAGAGAUGCAUAGAGUUUGUGAAGCAGAGAAGGGAGGAAGAUCCUUACAGACCUCUCUUGCCUCGUCUCCACUAUCACCUGCAGCACGGUCUCCUCACCCAAGUCCCCACUUUUCCCUUUUGA